AGACUCUAAGAGUGUAAUAAAUUGUGAUGUUGUCGUGAGUUGGGGUACAAUGAGUGGGUUGGGUCCAGCCGGGGUGUGGGCCGCCCAGAAGAGGCUCGAGUCUUGGGCCAGGGCCGCCAGGGAGAGGACCGGCAGUGCCAGCAGUGGCCAGAGCCAUAAUUCCACUGACAGCUUCCCGGAUGACAAGUCAGGCAGCCAUAGCAGCCCCAGUGAAAUGCUGAUCUCGAAAGAGCAAUGCCGUGUCCAGCCGCUCAGCUCCGAGACGCGCGCAGCUAGCUCGCUCCCACACGCCCGUCUCGCUCGCACACCCUCCAUUUCAUCGCAGAGCAGUUUGGACAGCGCUACGUCUAGAGCUACGAGCCACCGUGGAUCCUCCCCGGCCAUCCGCACGUUCGCCCCCGACGGCCGCACGCUCGAGGCCGGCGGCCCGGGGCCGCGCUCGCCGUCGCCACUGCGCGCGGCCUCGUUGGACGUCCGCGCGGCCCCCAUGGCGGGGUCUUUGGCCUCGCUGGCGGACUCACCGACGCCGUCGAGCCCGAGACAUCUGCCGCCAAGAUGCUUGUCGCCGUUGCUGAUGCCGCCGAGACGGAUAGACCGCAGCAAUUCCCUGGUGGAAAGCAGCAGCGGCGCCCCCCUCUCGCCCGGAGCCCCGAGUGCCCUCGGGGCCCUUCAGCCCGCGUUGUACACCAAACGGGAAGCCCCCUUGCUUAUAGAGCUAGAGGGCGCCGGCCCGUCGCUGGGGCGACUGCAUUUGAGGCUCAAAUACGACUUUGACCGGUCCGAUUUGGAGGUGCACCUUAUUGAAGCCCACGACUUAGCCGGCUACGAAGCGGGGGGUUUCAACGACCCCUACGUGCGUGUGACCCUGCUCCCGUCCGUGGACACCCGCACGCGACAGACCCCCGUGCACCGGAACGAGCCGAACCCCUUCUUCGACCAGCACUUCAAGUUUCCCGUGUCUCAUGAUGAGCUGCGAGACAAGGCGCUGCUGUUGCAGGUCUUCGAUUAUGACAGAUUCUCCCGGAACGAAGUAAUGGGUUCAGCCAAAGUAUCCCUAUCCCGAGUAGAAGUGGCCGGUGGAACAGAAGUAUGGGCGGAGCUGUCCCGAGAACGCAGACCGCCAGAGGAGCUGCAAGAACUGCUGCUGUCUCUUUCUUACCUGCCGUCUGCCGAGAGACUGACCGUUGUCGUAUUGAAGGCCAGGAAUCUGUUGCCGCCUCAAGAAGGAAAGGAUGCAUUAGAUGUGUACGUGAAAGUGUACCUCCUGGUGAACGGCAAGCGAGUGAAGAAGAAGAAGACGAACAGGAAAGAGAUAAACAAUCCAGUAUGGAACGAGGCCCUGUCCUUCAGCCUGGCGUCUGGACAUUUAAACGAGGCUUCCAUUGAGGUGUGCGUGGUGACGGGCGGUGGCAGCGGCCUGGUCGUCGGCUGGUGCUGCGUGGGCGCCGCGGAGCCCGCCGCAGAAGGCCGCCAUUGGGCGCAAAUGUCCCAAGAGACGCGCAAGGCCGUCGCGAUGUGGCACACGCUCAGAUAGACAGCCAACAGGUUGAAGAGUACAAGACAGCC